ACAUAAGUAGGCCUAGUAACAAAUAAAUUGAUUAUUCAUUUUCUGGAUUUGGAGGAGGUGUAAGCAAAAUUUUUAGUUCAAGAUAUUUAAAAAUAAAUAGUGAUUGAAAAAUGUAUCAAAUGUCGAGAAUUGGCUCAGGACCGGCAGGCUACGGCCUUCCCCCGAUGAUUGGUUUCGACAAGCACGAUACACGUCGGGAACGCAAACCAAUGUACACGAUGCGAAUAAGGCCAACAACGCGGUUCGAUACCCUGGGACCAGGUCCGGCAAUUUACGACCCAGGCAAAAUGACCAAAACUGGACCUCCAAAUACGCCCAAAUAUUCGAUAGGGAAAAGAUUCAAAUCGUUCUCAAACGACAUUACUCCCGGUCCGGGCGCCCACAAAAACGACACCGCUCCGUUGAUGAAGGAAAAACGACCUCCUGUAUACAGCUUUGGAAAGCGGCUGUCACCUCUGCCCAAUGAUCUAGUACCAGGACCCAAGUAUUCAUACGACCUGAAUAUCUAUAAGACUCGUAAUCCUGUCUAUAGCAUGAGAGCAAAAACCAAUUUUCCCUAUGCCUCAGAAGGACCCGGACCCGGUAAAUAUGGACCGUUGGAUCGGAAUGUCACUCACAAGCGCAGUGCUAAAUAUAGCAUGCGGCCGGUAUUCCCGAUAACAGGAGAUAAAGGUCCUUCACCGGGUCCCAACCGUUACGGGCUAAUGAACAUGAAACCAGGAGCGUCUGCACCGUCGUAUAGCUUUGGUGUCAGGCACUCGAUGUGGCGACCUCCGAUGGUAAUUCCUGGUGAUAAUUGUUGAUUGAAUAAAAAAAAGUCAUUAAUCAACAA